AUGGCAUUAUCGUCACGACUUUGUGCAUUUCGUCAAUGCGGACAACCAUGUCGAGCGUUAUGUUUAUUUUGUGCUCAAUAUCUAUGCCGUGAACAUUUCGAUAAUCACGAUCAUUCGAUUAAUGCACAAAUUCCAACGUUAGUGAAACAAAUCAAAACACUUGUAAAUCAACUUGAUGAUAGUCUUAAUCCCAUCUCAUCGUCUUUAAAAUGUUUAAAUCAAUGGCGAAUAAAUGCUCAUCGAACAGUUGAUCAAUUCUAUGAAGAAAAAUAUCGACAAUAUCAACAAAUCGUUGAAAGGAAAACCGACGAACAGAAAAAACAAUUCGAUAAAGUGGAAACAAAAUUGAGUAAAUUAAUUCGACAACAACAAGCAACAGACGAAGAAAUNAUAUCAACAAAUCAUUGA